UUGCUGUUAGCGACUUACUUGAUGUACAAGUACUAUACUUUGUAACUACCUAACCACAACGUCACAGAUGGUACCAUUUAUUGCAUCCGCCUUCUUCAAUGUUUUUUCUUAUCACUACCUCUUAUGUGAGAUAUUCGGAAGUAAGCCUCCUUCAAAAUAUAGGAGUAAAAAGCAUGAUGCCGCGCAGUCGUCAGUUGAAAUUCCCAUAUACAUUUAUGGCACUCGAGAUCUGGAUAGGGUGACGUCUAAGCGUUCCCCAUUACCCACCAAUCAUUGGCCAUACUAAAUCUGUCGACUUUGCCGCAGGUCUGAAACUCACGAGUUUCACAGGGAUUGUUACUAUCGUCAGUCCAUCAGUCGAGACCGCAACGUUAGGAGGCGCUUGUCGCAUAGCUGAUACUAAACACAAGACAUUGUGUAGGAUUACUUACGUUUCUCUUACCCUUAGGUAAUUUUCAUUAUUACUCAGGUACAGACCCAUUGCCUAAACUAACUUGGUUGUUCAUUUCUCCCUUUUUCCUAAUUUUGCGAAAGUGAAGCUAUCAUUACAAUUUCCCUUCUUUUCUUCCUUUCUAGUGUGACUGGUGCACCAUAAUUUUGUCUUGCUCGCGCCUAGUUUCUUUUACUUGUCCAUUCGCUCAAUUCCAUCUACUCGAUACCCUUUCAACUUGAAGUCGAAUACUCGAACAACUCCUUCACCAACCCCAAGACCGUCGCGAAGCCAAGCACAAUUCAAAAUGUCUCAACAAAACCCCAAUCUACCGAGCCCACCAGGUGGUCAAUUCGGAUUCAUGUCCAAGAUUGGCGCCACAGAUGCAGCCGUCCGUACUUUAAACGACCAGCCGUACUUGUUCACUAUUCUCGUCGUCGUCCUCGUCUCGCUCAUCCUUGAGGGCGUUUUCAUGUGGUACAUCCACUACGCGACUUUGAAGCCCGAGCAGAAGAAAAAGAAGGUCCCCAAGGGGGACAAGAAAGCAGGAGGAAAACCACCGGCAGCUCGAUAAAGGUCUUCUGUCGUAAGACAGCUCUGAUACGACAAUCGAAAGUGUUAUAGCAACUUCUUAAUUGGGAUAGAACCCGGCAAUUAUGCUUUUUUGCGACUAUCCGCCACCGACGCCUUCGUCGAGAAACCACGAUGCAUCCAGACGUAGAUGUCUUAAGGGGAGUAAUGGAUACGUAGCUGUUAUGGAGCUAAGCGGACAGGGUUCUAGGUGCUUAGUGUUCGGGUGAAAGGGUAGAAUAGAACAAUAAGGAUAGCAUUUAGAGACGCUUCGACGACAGCAGGCCGCGUCUAGCACUCAUAAUCAUUGCGUAUUUACCCGGUUAUAUGGUUUAUCAAUAUUGUCAAUACAUAUCUAUAUCCUGAGAA